GCUCCCGCCCCUGAAUUCCGAUAAUUCCGACGGCACGUAAAGGCAGCACCGCGCUUCAUAUAACCGCUCAUUGACACAAACAGCGACGGUCGGAAACAUGGCGGCUCUUCUCUCAGCGAGGAAAGCUCUCGGCUCGUGUCUUCGAGGUUGUCGAGGUCUGUCUCAACUCGCCGAGUUACCGGACACUCAUCAGCUCCUCAGACAGACCUGCAGAGACUACGCCGACAGAGAGCUGAACCCCAUCGCUGCCAGACUGGACAAAGAGCAUUCCUACCCAGCCAAACAGAUCCAGGAGUUGGGGGCGAUGGGGGUGAUGGCCAUAGAGGUGCCAGAGGAGCUGGGUGGAGCUGGGAUGGACUAUCUGGCGUACAGUCUGGCUAUGGAGGAAAUCAGCAGAGGCUGCGCCAGCACCGGUGUGGUGGUCUCCGUGAACAACUCUCUCUACAUCGGGCCCAUAUUGAAGUUUGGUAGCGAAGAACAAAAACAGCAGUGGAUCACACCGUUCACCACCGGAGAGAAGGUGGGCUGCUUCGCCCUCAGCGAGCCAGGUAACGGCAGUGACGCGGGCGCAGCCUCCACAACAGCUCGUCAGGACGGCGAUGAGUGGGUCCUGAACGGAACCAAAGCCUGGAUCACCAACAGCUGGGACGCCUCGGCCACUGUCGUGUUCGCCACCACGGACAAGAAACUCAAACACAAGGGAAUCAGUGCGUUCCUGGUCCCCAUGCCACACCCGGGCCUUUCUCUGGGGAAGAAGGAAGAUAAGUUGGGCAUCAAAGCCUCAUCCACCGCCAACAUCAUCCUGGAGGACUGCAGGGUGCCGCUGGGCAACAUGCUGGGCCCGCGUGGAGCCGGGUUCAAGAUCGCAAUGCAAACUCUGGACAGUGGACGGAUCGGCAUCGCAGCUCAGGCUCUCGGUAUCGCUCAGGCUUCUCUGGACUGCGCCGCCGACUACGCACACAAACGCACCGCGUUCGGAUCCCCCAUCGGCAAACUGCAGGCCAUCCAGUUUAAACUGGCGGACAUGGCUGUGGCGAUAGAGAGCGCUCGUCUGCUCACCUGGAAGGCGUCGCUCCUUCGAGACGCAAAGAAACCCUUCACCAAGGAAGCCGCCAUGGCCAAACUAGCGGCGUCUGAAGCCGCCACGUUCUGCUCCCAUCAGGCCAUCCAGGUUCUGGGGGGGAUGGGUUAUGUGGCGGACAUGCCCGCCGAGAGGCACUACCGCGACGCUCGCAUCACGGAGAUCUACGAGGGCACCAGCGAGAUCCAGAGGCUGGUCAUUGCCGGCCAGUUACUGAAGGAAUACCAGUCGUAGACGUGCUGCUGUCGGUGCCUUAUACAUACAAUCACAGGUCUGGAAUCAACCCGGAGACAUCAGCUCGUCCUUAAAGAGAAGAAGAUCAACUUUAAUAUGAGCUGUGGUGAAGAUUUUUAUAUCGUUAUAGAUACAGAAGCUCAUUAGAAAUUCAGAUGAUUGUACGUGUCCAUUAUCUGCCGUCUCAAGGGAAUUCAGGAUAUAACACAGAAAGCGAAAUAACCUCAAACUCGUCUCCGCCGCCUUAAAAGGAUAUGAGUGCGUUGCCAGUUUAAAGGUUCAGUUCACCUACAUUUAAGAAGAAUAAAGGCCAUAUUCUCUCCUGGUGGUGUCGAGCCACACAGAUAGUUCUGGUUAUGUGUCCCUCUGUCUUGGUGCUCAGAGACCUUUUAAAAAAAAUGUAUUUAAUGAUAUCUGAUGCUAAAACUUCAUUCUAUGUAAAUCUAUAUAGCAGCUGGUAACAUAUGAAAGGAACUGAACCAAGAACCGAACCCUUCUGGUUCCUUUAAAGAUCAGUUUAUGGGGACAGAAGGAUUCAAAUCGAAGCAGCAGAAAACCUGGUAGAAUCAUAGAAAAAAGAUCCUUCUUACGGCUGCAGAAUCAUCAUGAUAACUUUUCUUCAGUAUCAAAGUGAUUCAGUGAGAGUCACACUGCAAACAGAAAGUGCUCAUGGAUAAUUCAGCACUCUUUAAUCAGUCCCUCCAGGAUUUCUCUGGCUUCUUUUGGGGAGUUUUGAUCUGAUUUCACCGCAGAUUUUCAAAUUAAAUUGCAAAAGAUAAGAGAGGAUAAUAAAAGGCUUCAUAAAGUCAGAUCACCGUUUAAAUCAAACUCAUUUCACGUUGAGAUGCAGUUUGUUAUUUAGGCUUUUUGUUUUUCAUUUCAGCUCCGAAAUUACAGGAAAGUGAAAAUUGUUCCACCACGACAAAAACAUCAGGGAACUUUUACAGUAAUUCUUCUUGGUAAACGUAAACUAAUAUACUUCCUCUCUGGGUUCAGUCGGGUCUCGGCUCUUCUGAACGACUUUAUUAUCUGUCUGAUCAUAAAGUAACAACAUAACAGCUCAGAAUCAGUUUAUCUGCAGAUGUUCAAUAGUUUAUUAUCAGAAUAUGAUAAAUCAAUCUUAAAUCAAGAAUUCAUUUCCUCUGUUAAGUUCUGUGUUUUUGGGUGAACUGACCCUUUAAGACUUCACGAGGAACCACAGUGUUUGUGCCUCCUGUGAGAGGUUGAACCAGCAGAGGGCGACGGCGUGCCUUCACACAGACUCACACUGAUCACGGGCAUUGUGUUCUGGAUGUGCUCAGUUGUUGACUGCAGUUUCACUCAGUGUGACACUAAGAGGUUGCGUGUGACGUUUAAAGACAGUCAGGAAAUAACAGUGUGUCUGCGUUAAUGGGCUGGAGCUCACUGACCCUCUUGUGCCUCAAUAACUUGUACAUAUUUGAAUGUAAUUUAUUGUGAUGAUGAUAAUAAAACACAACCUGCCACAGAGGAA